UUUACUAAUAAAGAAAAGGGCGCUGGCCCUUUAAGAGAACAGGUGUGUUACCUGCGACAGGUAGCUACAGACACACCUAUAUGCUUUAGUUAGUAAACACAAAUGCAUCGGAUCCUCCUUUUAUCACAAAAUGAACUCGAGAGAGGGAGGGAAAGACUUCGGAGCGUGUUCUCUCGGCAGAGCGGCCUGACUGACGACAUGAGACAACUGUGGCUCCUCAUCAGUCCGGCUCUGGCAGUCCUUCUCUUUGCUGGCGUACGGGCACAGAACCCGGUGGAGAUCCAGUUUCAGACAGAUCCGAUAUUGUCUCAAACUGGCAGUGAAAUAGUCUUCACGGUGCUGACGGUGUCUGAGGUCCUCUCCAUCACGUGGAAGUACAAAGAGGUCACCACUGUGGGGAUCUGGGCCGGAGGAACCGCUGUGGUUAACCCGGAGCCACAGUUCCUGGGCAGAGUCACCAUCACCGCCACCCAGCUCCGUAUCGGAGGCGCCCAACUCCGAGAUGAGGGAAACUACACGGCGGAGGUGACCCCCUCUGCUCCAACCGGCCUGUCUCCUAACUCCAGAUCGAUACAGCUGAGGGUGUUUGAUGCUGUAGCCGGGGUGAGUUUGUCUGUUCCCGCAGUGGCAGUGGAGGAGAGAAAUGUGUCUCUGAGUUGUACAUGGACUGCUGGGACAGAGAUUACAGUCCAGUGGGGGAAAGGAGGCUCAGCCAUCACUGCCGACUCCAGGAUCACCAUCUCUGGUGGAUCGCUGGUCAUCAAUCCAGCCAGACGGACUGAUGCUGGGGAAUACACGUGUACCGCCAGCAACCCUGUCAGUGCCCAGACCGCCACACAGAGCCUCACUGUUUACUAUGGACCCGACACCCCCGUGCUGACCGUCGACAGCCCCAAAGACUGUGUAGGGGCGGGGGACGUGUUGGUGGGACAGACGGUGCGUCUCACCUGUACGUCCGACUCGGCGCCCCCUGCGCUCUUUUCGUGGCAGCGUGAUGGACAGCCGAUCGCAUCUGGUCAGCCGGACAGCGGGGUGCUCAGCCUCCAGACUUUCUCGACCACUGAGAGCGGCCGCUACGUCUGCGCGGCCAGAAACGCCAUCACCGAGAAGGCGUCGGAGCAGAGCACCGAGCUGGCCGUCGUAGAUGUAUGUCUUGACGGAGGAGAAAUUGCGGGGAUUGUGAUUGGCUCUUUUUUGGGCAUCGUCAUCAUAGUGAUCCUCAUCGUGCUUCUCAUCUUUCUGGCGCGGAGGAGGAGGGGGCAGGAACCAAAGACAAAUCCAAGUCAAAGGCCUAUACCUCCAGAUCCACAGGCUACUGCUGUAAGAGAUGUGGACCAGGGUUUUCAGCCCCCUCUCUAUCACAGGAGCGCACAUCCGCGCCAGCCUGACCGCUGGUCCACUUCCCACCGCGAGAGCCAUGGCAACCCGCAGUACCAGCCCCUGAACGAGCCGCAUAACUCCAACACACAGCAGCACAAUGGCCACGGCACCACAAACAGACCCCAGCACAAUACCAUUCAGAACAUGAAUUCAUCCCCACACAAUGGCAUCGACAACCCGGCUUUCAUGCAAACCGACGCUCAGAACACAAACACGCAGCAGCGAAAUCCUAACAUUCUCAUACAGACCGGCAACAGCCAGGGCGGCGCCCGGCCACCGGCGCUUCAAGUCAGCCUCAACGCGCUGCCGUACGCUACCCAGCCAAACAACAACGCGCAGAUGCCCACCAUUCAUGUGAAUCUUAAUUCAUAUUCCACCGGCGGCCAGCAGCCUCAGCAAGACGGCUCGUUUCCUCUCACCAAUCUGGUCGAUAAUACGGCUUCACAGAUGCAACACACGAGGCCUUCAGAACCCGCAAUGCAAAGCGGCCAGUCCUAUCCCAGUAACCCUCUGCAGAACGGCAUUAUCCCAACCGGAUAUACGCAUUCUAACAAUAAUAUCACUUCUCAGCGAAAUGCCAACACGCAGACAUACCAGCGGGAUCAAGGGCCACAUUUUAGGCCUGAAAGGAACUCGACGCGUGAGGACGCUUCAAGCUCCUCCCAUGGACAGAGGCCUUGGGAUCAGCUCAGAGGAACGCCAGCUUAUCCCAGUGGCAACCUUCAGAGAGGGCAGACGUCCCCUGGCAUUAAAGACUACACUACCCAGCCUCCUGUACGAGAGGCGAGAGCAAUGAACACACCUCAGUCUCAAAGUCAAACUGUUUCUCGUCGCAGAACCCCCCCCAGACGUGAUCCGGCGUCAGACAAUAGUCAGACACGGAGCCAUUCAGCUCAUAUCCAACUUCCAAAUGCUACCAGUGUUACACAGCUUGAGCCAUUACACCACACACUGAGAAGUCCCCGCACACAAAGGCAAAAUGCUCAGCGAGACAUCAGAAGUAGCCAGGCUGCCCUCGGGCAGGCAACGACUCACAGCAAUAACCCUGAGGCGACGCGUCUCAUGAGCCAGCAGGCCUCUGCAGGCCGCUCUGUUGUCUCUCAAGGACCCGCAGCACUACAGGGACAAACUGCACUGCAGAGUGCAGAUACAAGAGCUUUGGCUGAUCCCAAUCACCUUCAGCAGACACAUAUGGCCCAGCAACACAUAGCAGCACCAAUUCAAACACCACAAGACCUGGGCACACGCACACAGCCUGCCAUGCGUGAUUCCAGGCAGCCAGGCCAAGGAGGCACCGCUCCAAUCCUUUCACCGUCUGCCCCGGCCAAUUCCAGUAACCUAACCCAGGCUGCACUUAGAGCCCACACUGAGAAAGCUCAAGCAUUUCAGAAUCGGAGACAACAGACCGCGGCUGCUCUGCAUCAGGCCGGUCCACCACAGACUCGAGCUCCGGCUGCCGGGGCUCAGAGCCCACCGACUCCUCCUCCUGUCAUUCCCCUGGCACAGUUUCAAACUCUCCCCAGAGAGCGCACCCAGCACAAAUCCCCAGCUCGGGGCCCAGAGCCCUUCAGACAUAACGCACCAGCGGCUCAGCGGCACGUACAGCGGCCCGCCGGGACCCGACAUCCCACCGCCACGCACCACAACCAUCAUCCUGGAAAGGGUCACACGCACGUCGGUGCACACAGACACGACCAUCCCCGUGGGCAACCUGCCCACUUUCCCCAACCCCGGCAGCAACAGGCCCACAGAGGAAGACCAAGACGCUGACAGAUGUCAGCUGACUACACUCUGCAGCUGCCCUGCAUGCAGUGUCACAAACAACCAGCUGACAGAUCCAAUAUUCCACCAAGCGAGACUUACUGCAGUGUUCUGCUUUCAAAAAGCCUGUCAUGGUCUUUUUUUUUUUAACUUAAAGACAUUAAUGAAUCUCCCAUGGGGGAUGAUAAAAUGUACGACUUUUUAUUUUAAAUAACAGAUUUUCUCUUUGCAAGUCUUGUGGCAUUAAUUGAGGUGACUGUUACUUUUAUCACUUAGAAUAAAAUGAAAGCUCGGUGGAAACACCAAUUUCCAGAGCCACACACUUUUAUAUUGUUUGGACUUGUGAAACACGGGUCGUAUAUCAUAAUUUAUCCACAGCCUGUUGCCAAAACUUCAGUGGUCAGUUGUUCUCCACCAAAAUCCCGUCCAAUCAUCCAUUUAUUAACAGGGCCAAGCAACGCUCCCUGUACAUGAGCUGUACAUGAGCCACGUCGAUUAUCUGCCAACACCUGAGCGAACAGUGACCCUGCUCAAGGUGGAGUCAUCCGCCGGGAACAGCGGCGGUCACGACAGAAGAAAUCGGCAGCUGGUGUGGUCUUGAUUCUCUUGGAGCUAUUUAUUUUGCGCCGUCUGUUCGCAGAUGCCUCUUAUGACACUUCUCAAUUAAGAGGAUUCGCCUCAGUGGCGCUCGGAAAUGACGCUCAGCUCACUAUGAGGGGGAUCCCGUGAAUGGAUGGGCGCUUAUUAAUUAAAUGCUUUUACGCGACUUAAAUGACUUGGAAAAUAAUCACAACGGUGCAAGACUGAGGCCUGAGUUGCUGCGCUUUCUGCUGAAAAAGCAGAUAAACUGUUUACUGGAUCAUGUUGUUACUUUUACAGAUUAUGUAUUUAUUGAUUUGUAAUGAUGUUUUUUAAUUAUUGUACUCAGGGUUGUAUUUUCUAUUUAUUUUGGUUUCAAAAGAUUCCAAUAACAAGGUCAGAGUCUGCUGAGCAGUUUGUGAUGUACUCUAAAUACCCAAAUAAUAUCGGCACACACCUGGGGAAAAGUCCCCGGUAGAAGCACUUUUCAUUGUUGUGAGUGGCAUCUGUUUAAAACCGUAGCACCUACCUAUCUGCAGAACUUUUUUUGAAGUCUAAAACUAAGAAUAUGUUCAUUUAUUUCUUUUGAAAACUUGUUGGACUCUAGGAAAACGGGAAAGCAGUCAAUCAUUCUUCCAUAUGCAUAAAUAUGAAUAAUUCUGACAUUCACAUUUUGAAAACCAUGAUGAAUGGAAGCAAAACACAUAUGGUGGGUUCAACCUGGCAUCUGCAGUCUGACAUUUACUUAUAUUCUGCCUCCAGAAGUUUUUCUUCUUGGAAAAUAUUGCAUUGACUACUGUACAGCUCAUAUAGAGGUGAGAUGUACAGUCACAGUGUUUAUCUUGUCUCCUUAUGUGGGGUUUGUAUAUUCUUGAGGUUUCAGGCUGUUUUUAAUGUAUAUUUUUUAAAUACGAUAAUAAUGAAGAAUUGAAUUAAUUGUUUUGGUAUAAUCACAGCGGAGUCACUGUUAAGAUAUUCACAAGAGAAUAAAAAAUAAAAUCUAUUUUAAUAUGUUCAUGGGAACACAGG